AUGGAGUUGUAUGCAUCAUCUCAUUCUUUUCUCUUCAAACCUAAAGUUAACACUUUUCAUACAAACCUUUUUCCAAUAAAAUCCACACCUUUCAAAGCUUCAUUCUUUUCACCAAAUCACCUCACUCUCACUACCCCUAUGAAUCCUCCCACAUCUCUUUCCUCUAACGCUUUUCUGGAACACAACAACGGUUCAACUUCAACUUCUGCGCCUUUUCAUUCAGGGAUUAGAGUUGGAGAGGUGAAAAGGGUCACUAAGGAGACUAAUGUGUCUGUCAAAAUUGACUUGGAUGGUUCCGGUGUUGCUGAUUCUAGUACUGGAAUUCCCUUUCUUGAUCAUAUGCUAGAUCAACUUGCUUCACAUGGACUAUUUGAUGUACACGUGAAGGCUACUGGUGAUGUACACAUCGAUGAUCAUCACACAAAUGAAGACGUUGCUCUUGCUAUUGGAACGGCUCUGCUGCAGGCCCUUGGUGAUAGGAAGGGUAUUAACCGGUUUGGUGACUUCUCUGCUCCUCUUGAUGAAGCAUUGAUACAUGUUUCACUGGAUUUAUCAGGUCGACCACAUCUGAGUUAUAAUUUGGACAUUCCCACUCAGAGGGUUGGGACAUAUGACACACAGUUGGUGGAACAUUUUUUCCAGUCUUUAGUGAAUACUUCUGGUAUGACACUUCACAUUCGCCAGCUUGCUGGAAGAAAUUCUCAUCAUAUUAUCGAAGCAACUUUCAAAGCUUUUGCAAGGGCUCUUCGACAAGCAACUGAAUAUGACCCGCGUCGCCGCGGAACUGUGCCAAGUUCCAAAGGAGUUCUGUCACGCUCUUGA